AUGUCGAACGCCGACGUGGAGGCGGGUGCCCCGGCGAGGGCGGCGCCGGCGACAACGGGGAUCAAGCCUCCGCCGGGGCGGUACAGCAUGGCCAGCAACGCGCCGUACAUGCCGCCGUCGCCGUUCUACUACGACCACGCGGCGGCGCACGAGCGGCACCACUGGUCGUGGCUGGUGCCGCUAGUGGUGAUCGCCAACGUGGCCAUGUUCGUGGUGGUCAUGUUCUACAACAACUGCCCGCGCAGCGGCGGCGACUGCGUCGGCCGCAGCUUCCUCCGCCGCUUCUCCUUCCAGCCGCUCAAGGAGAACCCGCUCCUCGGCCCCACGGCCGCCACGUUGCAGAGAUACGGAGCCCUCGACUGGUACAAGGUGGUGCAAGGGAACCAGGCGUGGCGGCUGGAGUCCUGCACCUGGCUGCACGCCGGCCUCAUCCACCUGCUCGCCAACAUGAUCAGCCUCAUUUUCAUCGGCGUCCGCCUGGAGCAGCAGUUUGGAUUCUGGAAGGUGGGGCUGGUGUACCUCGUCUCCGGCUUCGGCGGGAGCGUGCUCUCCGUCCUCUUCAUCAGGAAGGGCGUCUCCGUGGGCGCCUCCGGCGCGCUCUUCGGGCUCCUGGGAGCGAUGCUGUCGGAGCUCAUCACCAACUGGUCCAUCUACACCAACAGAUCUGCAGCCAUGUUGAACCUGAUCAUCAUCGCCGCCAUCAACCUGGCGAUCGGGAUACUCCCGCACGUCGACAACUUCGCGCACAUCGGCGGUUUCGCCACAGGCUUCCUCCUCGGCUUCGUGCUCCUGAUCCAGCCUCAGUUCGGGUGGCUGGAGCAGCCCUUCGGUGCCAAGACCAAGUCCAAGUACAAGGCAUAUCAGAUCAUCCUCCUGCUUGCUGCCCUGGUCUUGCUGGCCGCAGGGUUCGCUGUUGGAUUGGUCAUGGUGUUCAGAGGAGAGAACGGCAACGAUCACUGCGGCUGGUGCCACUACCUCACCUGCGUGCCGACGUCAAGCUGGAAGUGUGACAAUUGA